AUGAGGAGCGCAUACAACGGCGGCGCGAUGGGAGGACGUGCUGCCGGAACCGGUGGCAGCGGAAAAUCGGCAGCUCCAGUUGACAAAGAAGUCGAUUACGCUCAGUACUUCUGCACAUACUCUUUCCUCUACCACCAGAAAGACAUGCUCUCCGAUCGUGUCCGUAUGGACGCUUACUUCAACGCCGUCUUCGAGAACAAACAUCACUUUGCCGGCAAGACGGUCUUGGAUGUGGGAACCGGAAGUGGUAUUCUCGCGAUUUGGUCAGCUCAAGCUGGUGCCAAGAAGGUUUAUGCAGUGGAAGCUACUACAAUGGCUGAUCAUGCUCGUGCUCUUGUCAAAGCCAAUAACCUUGAACAUAUUGUUGAAGUCAUUCAAGGAUCUGUUGAAGAUAUCUCGUUGCCAGAGAAAGUUGAUGUAAUUAUCUCGGAGUGGAUGGGGUACUUCCUUCUGAGGGAGUCUAUGUUUGAUUCUGUGAUAUCUGCUCGUGACCGAUGGUUAAAGCCAACAGGAGUCAUGUACCCUAGUCAUGCUCGCAUGUGGCUUGCACCGAUCAAAUCUAAUCUUGCGGAUCGUAAGAAGAACGAUUUUGAUGGGGCGAUGGCGGAUUGGUAUAACUUCUCAGAUGAGAUCAAAAGCUACUACGGUGUUGAUAUGGACGUUUUGUCAAAACCUUUUGCUGAAGAGCAAGAAAAGUACUACAUACAGACGGCUAUGUGGAAUGACUUGAAUCCGCUACAAAUCAUAGGCACGCCUACAAUAGUCAAAGAGAUGGAUUGUUUGACAGCAACUGUCAGUGAGAUUGAGGAAGUCAGGUCAAGUGUAUCGUCAGUCAUCAACGUGCCGCUCACAAAGCUAUGUGGUUUUGGUGGAUGGUUUGAUGUUCAGUUCAGGGGGAGAAAAGAAGAUCCUGCGCAGCAAGAAAUCGAGUUAACCACAGCUCCAAGUGAGCAACAUUGCACACAUUGGGGACAACAGGUUUUCAUUAUGUCGAAUCCUAUAAAUGUUGGGGAAGGGGAUAAUCUGAAUCUUGGUUUGGUAAUGAGCCGGUCGAAGGAGAAUCAUCGGCUAAUGGAGGUCGAGCUUAAUUGCGAGAUUAAAGAGGCUUCUGGCAACGCUAAGGAAUCGUUCAAGAAGACGUAUUUCAUUGAAUGA